UUUAAAGAAAUCCUCUGGUUUGCAGUCAAAACAAGGUUGUAGCCAUAGGCACCUUCUCUCUUUAUAUUGCACCAAAAUAAUGCAUUAGUUGCUUGAUUUAUGGAUGCUGUGGCACCAUUCGAGUAUUGAACAGGUUUUUAGGUAUUUCCAAUUAGCACAUUAGAUUCAAGUGUAAACAGUGUGCUUCUGUCACCUGCUCCAAGCAAAGCCAGCUUAGUGCUGAGGAUGUAGCACUGUUCCCCUGGAGUCCUAUUUACAAUUGUUAAAAAAUAGCAGCAUACCUACUGGAUUAUUAUUUUUUAUAUAAAAGCAAUACUGUCUUUAUAUAAAUAGUGAUCUAAAGCAAAACGCAUUGGUUCCAGGAAUACCUGUCUGUUUUGUCACCAUUUCUGUAUUCUUGUUUCCUUUAUUUAGUGCUAUCUGAGUGCUAGUGAGGCAGAGUCACUAAGGAAAAUGUAUUCUAAACCAUUUCAUUUUGCUAAUAUCAAGCUUCAGUUGUUCUGUCUUAAGCUCUUAGGGAAUGUUCACUACCUAAAAGCACUAAGUAUUUUUAAACUAUUCUCUGGCAAAAUACUAGCCAAAGUGCUUGAAUGGAGGUGUUUUAAAAUACGAUGUCCUGGAGUUUUGUUGUACAACUUCAAGUGCUUUUUGAGAACUGUGUUGGGGAGUUAAAGCUUAGAGUAUUUUAACAGAAAUCUUACUGUUCUUGAGCCUUUCCACUCGUAGUUAUUUAGGACUUAAUCUGGGAUAUUUGAGUGCCUUGUCUUAAUUCUGUCAAAAGGACCCAUAGGGAAUGCCAUCCAAUGCAUCAGGUUUGUGUUUGCCUCGAGGGUACUUUUAUUCCACUAAUGACCAAAUCUUUAAAAAUCUGAGCAGAAGAAAUAAAGGGAAUUGAGAGUGAUGGCAACUGACCAGGACUGGUGAGAGAGGAAAUUGCCUUGCAGAAAUGAAAUAGAAUAAUGUAGAAAUAGGAAGGUGGGCAUUAUUGUUUACAUUUCUGUGUAAUGCAAGACCAGUGACAGCCAAUUUACGUGACUGAUUAAGGUGAUUUCAUGUAACUAUUGCUAUACAAAAUUUCCUUCUGAGAUGGCAUUAAACAAGAUUGUAAUAGGAUUCAGGAAGGGAACAGAAAUGUAUGUAAUUGAGGGACUAUCCCACACUCAUUCAGAAAAAAAUAUAUGAGCCCUCAUCAAGGGCUUAUGCCAGUUAUAGACUGCUAUGGAAUGAGUAAUUUAUGGGGGAGAGAUAUAUCUAUGUAUAUAUUUAUGUGUAUGCAAAUAUGUAUGUAUCCACAUAGAAGCAUACAAACACUUCCCCUAGUUUCCUCUCUUUGGUUUUAUACCGUGUGGGAGUUCUGAUGCUGUUCACCAUCAGAAACUAGAUGGUGGUUAGAUAAGACUGCUCAUAUUAUCAGAUGCUGAAGUUCCUGUUAUAUAAAUACUUCUAGUGGAAGCUUUUGACCACAGACAUAGAUCUUCCUCUGCACCUAAAACCUCUGAAAGGAAGACAAUAUUCAAGAUCUCUUUAUUCUGGUAGCCUCACAAAAGAAAGAGAAAAGAAACAAAAUAGGGUGGGGUUUUUUUCUUAGGAUGACCUUGUGGUUGGGAAGUGUUUUGGAUUCCUUCCAGGUAGAUUGUAAAUGUUUUCCAACUUGUCCAAAAUAUUUCUGGUAGUCUCUAAUGUGCUCUUGCAGGUGGCCCCUUGUGCUGACUUCAAAUGAAACAGAGAGGUCCAGACUGCAAAAUGUAUUCUUUCCCUAAUAACGGCGUUUCUGGUCUUGUCACCUAUUAGUAAAAGAUCUGUUAUCUCCAGAGGAGGAGGAAUACCCAGGGCUUGGAUCUAUAAGGUAACCGGGACUUUAGUAGAACCUGGAAUACUUUUCCACAGGUACUCUGGAUCUCAAAAGAGUUAAAGAACUACUUUGAUACAAACCUACUUCAAGAAAAGGAUGAGCAAAUGCUUCGUCUCAGCUGAAAACUUCUCUUGCUUGACCUACAAAUUGUGUGAGACUUUUUUGGAGAAGAAAGAGCAUUACUGACAGGAAGCAAGAAAAGCAUCAGGGGAGUUUGAAGAUAAAUCUGAUGCGGUAUUUGAUAUUACAGAAAAAUGUGGUGAAAUUCUGGAUGCAGAAAUGUCAGAGGACACUGACAACAACUUAACGCCUGCCCUCGACAGCAUAUCUUAUGGAAUACAGAAUCGAACAGGAUCUGAAAACUCACUGCUGGAUGAUGAUGAUGAGGAUGAGGAUGAUUUCUUUCUGAACUCUGGGGAUCUUGCUGGCAUACCCGUUGUGGGGAGUGACAAUGAAGAUGAACAGAAUUUCACUCCAAAAGACACUCUUUCUUCAGCGAUUUCUGAUGAAGACCAUUUGGAAGAGGGCAAGAGAGUUACAGAUCAUGACUUGGACAGUGAAAAAGAAAUUCAGGUUCAGAAUGCAAUCCAAAAGGAUCUCGCUUCACCAUUUGAGCAGAGCCCUGUAUUUAAAUCAACUCGGAAAGAUUUUAGCAUAACAAGAGAUAAUGGCAAAGAGACUUUCUCAGCAAAGGACAAGAAUAGAGAAGGACAGUUUCAAGAACGUGAAAAACGGUUGGAAAAAAUCCCAAAAGACACAGAUUCUAGAUUGAAAAGCAGUUUUCUUGACAAAGCAGUUCAUAAUCAAGUAGAAGAAACAUUACGGACGCAGUUAGCUCCACAAACUCCAGAAACUAACUUCAGGGAGUCUAGCUACCUAUUUUCUAGUAAGGAAUCUAUUGGACAAGAGCUGGGGAAUUCCUUUGCACCAAAUAUUAGAAUUAAGGAGGAGCCUUUGGAUGACGAAUAUGAUAAAGCUAUGGCCCCACAGCAGGGACUGUUAGACAGAAUUAAAGAUGAACCUGAUAAUUCCAAGGAGUACGGCCAACAGCCAAAAUCUCAGGAAGGGGAGCUGAAAAUCAGUGCCGUAUUUUCAGUCAGUGGCAGUCCGCUUGCUCCACAGCUGUCAUCAGGUUUCCAGCCUGCUGUGGCAUCCUCUGGCAUGAGUAAAAUGCUUCCUUCAGUUCCAAGCACAGCUGUUCGGGUUUCCUGUUCUGGCUGUAAAAAAAUCCUGCAGAAGGGGCAAACCGCAUACCAGAGGAAAGGCUCUACCCAGCUCUUCUGCUCCACACUGUGCCUCACUGGAUACACUGUUCCAGCUUCUCGCCCACCAGCUUCUACCAAGAAAACCUGCUCAAGCUGCUCAAAAGACAUUCUAAAUCCAAAGGAUGUAAUCACUGCCCAGUUUGACAAUACAAACUUCAGUAAGGAUUUCUGCAGCCAGUCUUGUCUUUCUACAUACGAACUGAAAAGGAAACCUGUUGUUACUAUUCACACUAACAGCAUUUCAAGCAAGUGCAGCAUGUGCCAGAAGAAUGCAGUGAUUAGACACGAAGUGAAUUACCAGAACGUUGUACACAAGCUCUGCAGUGAUGCCUGCUUCUCCAAGUUCCGCUCAGCUAACAACUUGACUAUGAACUGCUGUGAGAAUUGUGGAGGAUACUGCUACAGUGGCUCUGGCCAAUGUCACGUACUUCAGAUAGAGGGACAGUCAAAGAAGUUCUGCAGUUCGACAUGUGUGACAGCGUACAAGCAGAAGUCAGCCAAAAUUACACCUUGCACGCUGUGUAAGGCUUUGAGAUCAUCAGUCGAGAUGAUCGAGAGUGCAAAUAACUUGGGAAAAACUGAACUGUUUUGCUCUGUUAACUGCUUGUCAGCGUAUAGAGUAAAGAUGGUUACUUCUGCAGGUGUUCAAGUUCAGUGCAACAGCUGUAAAACCUCAUCACACCCUCAGUAUCAUUUGGCUAUGUCUGAUGGGAGCAUACGCAAUUUUUGCAGCUACAGUUGCGUAGCAGCUUUUCAGAAUCUGUUCAACAAGCCUGCAGGAACGAACUCCUCGGUGGUACCUCUGUCACAAGGUCAAGUCAUUGUAAGCAUUCCCUCAGGGGCGAUGGUAUCUGCAGGUGGAACCACCUCAACUGUGUCCCCCAGCUCCAUGAGCAGUUCAGCUGCAGCUGGUCUACAGAGGCUGGCUGCCCAGUCCCAGCAAGCCACUUUUGCCCGCCCUGUUGUAAAACUCAGGUGUCAGCAGUGUAACAGAUUGUUUACAACCAAACCAGAACUGCUUGACUACAAGGGUAAAAUGUUCCAGUUCUGUGGGAAGACCUGCUGUGAUGAAUAUAAGAAGAAGAGCAGUGUAAUGGCAAUGUGUGAAUACUGCAAAAUUGAGAAGAUUAUCAAGGAGACAGUGCGAUUCUCAGGCGUAGACAAAGCGUUCUGUAGUGAAGGUUGUAAACUGCUCUAUAAGCAUGACUUGGCUAAGCGCUGGGGAAACCACUGUAAAAUGUGCAGUUACUGUUUACAGGCUUCCCCUAAACUGGUCCAGAAUCUCUUUGGGGGGAAAAUGGAGGAAUUUUGCUCUGAGGAGUGCAUGUCUAAAUUCACAGUUUUGUUUUACCAGAUGGCAAAGUGCGAUGGUUGUAAGAGACAAGGUAAACUCAGUGAGUCCAUGAAAUGGCAUGGGGAAAUCAAGCAUUUUUGUAAUCUGCUUUGUAUUCUGUUGUUCUGUAAGCAGCAAAUUGCUUCUGACCCUCCACCCCCAAACAACACAGCAAACCUUUCUAUGGCACCAGCUUCCUCAUCAGGCCCUCCUUCUUUGAGAAAGGACUCAACUCCUGUCAUAGCACAUGUGGUGUCCCUUGCAAGCACCCCUGCUGCCCAGCCUACAGUUAACUCCAACAAUGUUUUACAGGGUGCAGUCCCUACUGUGACAGCAAAAAUAAUAGGAGAUGCCAGUACUCAGACAGAUGCCCUAAAGCUGCCAUCAUCACAACCACCUCGGCUUCUCAAAAACAAAGCAUUGUUGUGCAAGCCAAUCACACAGACUAAGGCCACCUCAUGCAAACCCCACACACAGAACAAAGAAUGCCAGACAGAAGAAGAAGUUGUUCAACCCCAGAUCAUUGUGGUACCUGUCCCUGUGCCAGUGUUUGUGCCAGUGCCCCUUCACCUCUACACUCAGUACACACCAGUUCCACUUGGGAUGCCAGUACCUGUACCAGUUCCCAUGCUCUUCCCAACUACCCUGGAUAAUGCUGAUAAGAUCAUUGAAACUAUUCAGGAUAUAAAGGAAAAGAUUCCCACAAACCCAUUUGAAGCUGACCUCCUUCAGAUGGCAGAAAUGAUUGCAGAAGAUGAGGAGAAAGAAAAAACACACUCUCAUGGUGGAUCUCAGACGUCUGAGCAUGAGCUCUUCCUCGACCCCAAGAUAUUUGAGAAAGACCAAGGUAGCACUUACAGUGGAGAUCUAGAAUCAGAAGCGGUGUCCACUCCACACAGCUGGGAGGAUGAGUUGAAUCACUAUGCCUUACGAUCAAAUGCCCUGCCAGAACCAGAUCCAGAACUGAAGCAGUUCUCCAAAGGUGAUGUGGAACAGGACCUGGAGGCUGAUUUUCCAUCAGACUCAUUUGACCCUCUCAGUAAAGGACUGGGUUUGCAUUCACGUUCACGAGCAAGACGGAGACACAGAGAUGGCUUCCCACAGCCAAAAAGACGGGGUCGGAAGAAGUCUGUUGUUUCUGUAGAGCCCCGGAAUCUGAUGCAGGGCUCCUAUGCAGGAUGCUCUGUUUCUGGGAUGACCUUAAAGUAUAUGUAUGGGGUAAAUGCCUGGAAAAACUGGGUCCAAUGGAAAAAUGCACAGGAGGAACAAGGGGACCUGAAGUUUUCAGUUCGCCCUGUGAAGCUCAAGGAGGACAUUCUCUCAUGCACUUUUGCUGAGCUGAGUUUUGGCUUGUGCCAGUUUAUUCAAGAGGUGCGGAGACCAAAUGGAGAAAAAUAUGAUCCUGACAGCAUCUUAUACUUGUGCCUUGGAAUUCAGCAGUACCUGUUUGAGAAUGGUAGAAUAGAUAACAUUUUUACCGAGCCCUAUUCCAGGUUUAUGAUUGAACUUACAAAACUUUUGAAAAUCUGGGAACCUACAAUUCUUCCAAAUGGUUAUAUGUUCUCAAGAAUUGAAGAGGAACACUUGUGGGAAUGUAAACAGCUGGGUGCAUAUUCCCCUAUUGUCUUAUUGAACACGCUUCUGUUCUUCAACACCAAAUACUUCCAGUUAAAGAAUGUCAGUGAGCACCUGAAACUGUCCUUUGCCCAUGUUAUGAGGCGCACCCGAACUCUGAAGUAUAAUACUAAGAUGACAUAUUUACGUUUUUUCCCACCCUUUCAAAAACAAGAGGUAGAAUCAGAUAAAUUAUCUGUAGGCAAAAGGAAACGCAGUGAAGAUGAGGAGAUUCCAGCAGCAGUGGAAAUGGCUGAAAAUUCGGAUAAUCCCCUGCGAUGUCCAGUCCGACUUUACGAAUUUUACUUAUCAAAAUGUUCUGAAAGUGUGAAGCAGAGAAGCGAUGUAUUUUACCUUCAACCUGAGCGCUCCUGUGUACCCAAUAGCCCCAUGUGGUAUUCCACAUUGCCAAUAGACCCAGGAACCUUGGACAUCAUGUUAACACGUAUUCUUAUGGUGAGGGAGGUACACGAAGAACUUGCCAAAGUCAAAUCAGAGGACUCUGAUAUUGAGUUAUCAGACUAACUGAGGUGGGGUAUUUUCCUUUGACUACACACCAGAAGCACCAAACUGUGAAUACGUCCAGCCUUUGGAAAAUGUGUAUCAAAAAAAGCCAAGAUAAUGUCACCUACAGGCAUAUUUUGAAUCACAGUGGAUGUACAAACUGGAACUGGAAGGAAGCAAGCUGUGUAAGCUGCAAAAACCAACAUCCUGUGGCACCGCUAAAUCCUCUGAACAAAUUCCAGAUGAACUAACCUAUUUUGAGUGGUGCAUAAAUCCUUUAUCUGUUCAGGAUUUAAAACAGUUGUGAGAUAUUUUAAAGGAAAAGGGUUGUGUGAAACCUACCAUAACAAUGUUGGGCAUGGAGAGCUAGACUGUGGCUCACGUGACUUCUCAGCCUGGUGGCUGGCAGUCCUUGCUGCCAAAGAACGCGUGGAGCUCCUAGAGCUCUUCACGAGGCCAGGAGAGGAAGUGGUGGUGCUCAGGCAGACACCUUCCAUUAUAAAUACACCUACACAUGCUUUUAUAGUUGUUUUCCUUUGGAAACUGGGAUCAAGCGGUAGGAAGGCAGAAGCCACUGGCUGUCUAAAGGGACAACUGUCUGGCUGCUGUUAAAUGGGUCACACGAUGCCAGAAUCUAGCUCUCGGUCCAGGCCAAUUCCAGCUCUUAGCUCUGUUUGGUCUUCGAUGCGGAAGAGGUGCUGUAGGUCCAACUUCAGAGGGAUCAUGUUACGGGAUGAACAUUUCUGGGGUAUGUACAGGAGAGUGACUGUCCUGGGGUAUGUGCAGAAAUCCCUUCCCUAGCCCAGUAGCUCUGCAGUCUGUUGAUAUAAUCUAGCAAAUACUGUGGUGCGCGGAAAUUGUUUUUCCCUUAAGGCAGCUUUCCUUUCUCCUCUUUCCCUACUCCAAUGGUUUUGGUUAUUUUAUAAGGCAAAUCUGGAGGGCCUUGUCAUUUCAAAUGGAAGAUACGCUCACUCUUUCCGCCUUUGCAACGCGUGCAGUGUUGUGCAAAGGAUGCAGUAUUACUUUUGACAACUGAACUGUGGUAGAAAAUUACCAUGUGUGUUUUUUUCCCACCCCACCCAAAGAGAUUUAGUCAUAGUGUUGGAAAUCAAGAGAUUUUUUUAAGGCUUGGCUGUUACUGCGUCUUUUGGAAGAGAAAAGCUCCCACGUUGUGUUUGAAGGACAGGACAUUAUCAGAUACUGUCUGUAGCUCCCCUUUUCUCAAGCUAUAGAUGUGUGUUUCUGGUGACCAGUGGUCACAAAUUCACUGGAAACCCAAACUAUUUUUAAAGAAGAGAAUUGUAUGGUUUUGAUGUAGCUCCGGUCAUCUUCUGUAACAGGGGUCUGAUAUUUGAUCUUGUCACUAAAAUUUCAAGAGAUGAAAAUCAACAGCCUUGAAUUCUGUUUCCUUUUUUUUUUUUUUUGUUUGGUUUUGUUUGGUUUUUUAAUUAUUUUUUUAGCAGUAACAGAAGUAAUUUAACAAAAAAUAAAAUCAGAAAGUAGUCUAUUGACGUCGUGUACUCGGUAGUCCUGUCCCUGCCUGUAACAGAUUUCACUGAUGUAUUUUUUAAUACAGAAAACUAUGUGAAAAGUAAACCUGCCCCUGAUUCUGUCUGAUCAAA